ACCAUCGCACACGAUUGCUUCACGCUUUUUGCCUUUAAAGGCAGAAACGUGCGCUGCAGAAAAGCAAUCAUACUCGAUGUCCAUAGCACGCUUGGUGCUUUAAAAGAAGCGUGCAAGAUGUGUGGAUUUGCCACAACACACGCGCUUUUCAUUCACUCCAAGGAUUUAAUCCACCCCGCAGAUCAUUCACAACUUCUUCCUUCCUCUCAAACAUUAUCACAAGAUGCCUGCUGAAGGACGUAACACACCUGUUGCCUGCACUGUCUGCCAUAAGGUUAUAAGCCGCAAGGCAGAUCUUCCGAGACAUAUGCGGACGCAUGAUGAACACAAGGAAGCUCUUAUGCAUGCAUGCCCAUUCCCUAACUGCGAUCACAAGACCCUCCAAAAGUCCAACAUGCUGACGCACAUCAGAACCCACACCCGUGAAUGCUCCAAGACGUGCCCUCACCCUGGGUGCGCGUAUGCCACUACAGAUCCAGGCAGCUUGACGCGUCACCGCAAGGUACUACAUGGCUACGAGCCUAAAGCGCGUUGCAGCCCCGGUGGCAAAGCUGCUCGACGGUCCGCCGCCGCGCCUUACCCCUCUACAAGGUUUAUGAAGCCAGAGGCAGAGAUUCCUGCAUCGCUGGAUCUCGAUGAUCCAGCAUUUCCCGAGCUCGCAGGCCUCGUUCGCUGCGAUGCGCUCUCACCCGCUGAGUCCAGCCGUUCUGGUGUCCCCCAAUUCUCAGGCGAGCUCGACGAACUCCCCUGGGAGCGACUCUUCCCCGACCUCCCCGCCGAGAGCUUCACCUCCGUUUAUGAUCAGCCCUCUCAGCUUCCCAUUUCCAAUUACCACCAGCCUCCGACUGUCCCUGCCGAUCUCUCCACUCUCCACAUGCCGCAGUUUGACCCGGAGCUGUUCUCCAAUGUCAACUAUCAGCAGCCCGUUCCAGAUGUCAACUUUCAGUCCCAGCCCGUCUCCGGGAGCGAUCUGAACAACUCCUUCCCAGCUGAACUGGACGAGUUUUUGCAGAAAUAUGGCUCAGGGUUCUUUGAAGGCCGCUGCGAGUACCCGGACAGUGCAACGUAUUCGAUGGCCCCGCCCUCGUUUACGAACUAAUAAAUACAACGCCUACUGAAAUCUUCACUUCAUUAUCAUCUUUCAUCUCAUUGUCAUACUACCCUCGC